AGAAAUUAAAAUUUUUAUUGAGAGGAGGAGGAGAAUAUGAUGAUAAUGAAAUCAGAAUAGGAAAAUGGACUGAUUUAGUUGAGAUAUUUAAAAAGUUUAAAUUUAAUUAGAUGAUUUUAUAGUGGCAAGGAAAUUAUUAUUCAUGUUGGUUUUUAUAAAAAUGACGAAAAAGAAGGUUUUAGGGAUAUUAUGAAAAGAGUUAACGAUAACUAACAAUUUUAAUUAAUGU